GGUCUCCUUUCGCCUCGAUUCGAGUUUGGUCACACUUCCGCACGGUUACAAAUUUGCGCUGCAGCUCGACCGAAAUUAAAGACCUGAAAGCAGCUGGAGAAAUUACAAGAAAUUGAUCCCCAAAAACUACUGGCAAUCGCGAACGGCGGACGUGUGUGUGUGUGUGCGUGCGCGCGAGAGCGAGAGAAUAAGUGAACGAAAUAGAACGAGCACACAAAUUACACAAGUUGUAAAUGAAAAGCUGAAGAAAAAAAGUUGGCCGAGACCGAAUAUUGAUUUUUCAUAGACCCUCAUCGUUCUUAUUGUUGUUGUUGUGGAUGUGCGAUUAAAAAACUGCCUUUUUUUUGAUAACUGAAAAACAGGCAAGAGCGAGGAAAAGCGGUAGUAGUUAUUAUCUCUAUUUUGAGACCCACAUUCGAAGGAGAAGAAGAGAGGAAAAAGAACGGAAAGCGUCAGUGGAAGUUUCAGUUUCACACAAUCAGAAUAACCAAACCAAAGCAGGCUAAGUACGCAAAUUCGAAAUUCAAGUAAAGCCGAGAGAUACGUUAUAUGAAAAUAGCCGAUAAAUAAUUAAAUAAGAGACUAGGAGAAAGCAUGCCACAGUCAGAGGGCGGCUAUGUAUCGCUGCCGGCCGUUAACGGCAAUGGUGGCGCCAUCUAUCAGUCAACUACAGAGCCCACGGCCCCGCCCUCCGUGUUCGCGAGCGUGAAGCGGGCCAUUGGCCAGGCCAUCAAGUCCUCGCCCACCGACAGCGAGGACCUGCUCCGAUCGGAGCGUCUGCCGGUCAUCGUCGGCGGCUCCAGAAUCUCUUUCAGAGACCGCGACAAAUCCGGUAAGACACUGACCACCAAGAUGCCGUCAGCUCCAACACACACUGCCGAGGAGGCACACCUGCUGGGCACCAUGCCCGUUGAUCCCAUGGAUGACAUCGAACUGCGCUCCGUGCAGCUGCAAUUCCCCAACUCCCGUGGCUCCAUUCUGGAGGCCUGCGAACAGCGACGCGUGCCCACAGACAAGGGCGAUGUCCACGUGGCCAUACAGGGCGACACGGCCAAGCCGGCCAUUGUCACCUACCACGACUUGGGCCUCAACUAUGCCACCAGCUUUGCUGGCUUCUUCAACUUUCCAGUGAUGCGAGGUUUGCUGGAGAACUUUUGCGUUUACCAUGUGACUGCUCCCGGACAGGAGGAGGGUGCACCCACUUUGCCAGAGGAUUACGUGUAUCCAACCAUGGAUGAUUUGGCCGCCCAACUGCUUUUCGUGCUCUCACACUUUGGCCUGAAGUCGGUGAUCGGUUUCGGCGUUGGCGCCGGGGCGAAUAUUCUGGCCCGUUUCGCCCACGCCCAUCCGGACAAGGUGGGCGCUCUGUGCCUGAUCAACUGCGUGUCCACGCAGUCGGGCUGGAUCGAGUGGGGCUACCAGAGCUUCAACGCCCGUUUCUUGCGCACCAAGGGAAUGACACAGGGCGUGAUCGAUUACCUGAUGUGGCACCACUUCGGCAGGAAUCCGGAGGAGCGCAAUCACGAUCUGGUGCAGAUGUACAAGCAGCACUUCGAGCGAGGCGUUAACCCGACCAACCUGGCCAUGCUGAUCAACGCGUACAUCCAUCGCAACGAUCUGCACCUGGCGCGCACUCCACCAGGAACUCCGGGAAGCGAGACGGCGGCCACCACGCUAAAGAUGCCGGUGAUCAAUAUCACGGGUUCGCUGUCGCCGCACGUCGACGAUACGGUGACCUUCAACGGCCGCUUGGAUCCCACAAACUCAUCCUGGAUGAAGAUUUCCGAUUGCGCUUUGGUGCUGGAGGAGCAGCCGGCCAAGCUGGCCGAAGCCUUCCGGCUCUUCUUGCAGGGCGAGGGCUACGCAACGCCGCUGUCCACGCCAGCGAGUUCGCCCUGUGGCACUAAGUACCACACCUACUCGUCGAUCUUCUUCGCCAACUUCCGGGAGCAGCAGCAGCAGGCGAUGGAGGAGCGCGAGCGCGAACGGGAAAGGGAGCGGGAUCGCCAGCGGCAGCUGAGCCUCCGGGUGGGCAAUCGGCUCCGGGAGACGGCCAUCAAUUGCACCACCACUGGCCAGGGGGACAAUAACAACGCGGGUAACCGCAGCGGCGACGACGAGGAGGAGGAGGAUACGGAUCUGGAGAACGGGAAUGGCAGCGGCACUGGAACCCGAAGCGGAACCGGAACCGGAAAUGGCAACCGUGCCUACGUGACCACGGACACAUCGGGCACCCUCUACUACGGCACCCAGAGCAACAAGAUACGCAUCACCGAGAACCCACUGCCCGAGCCGGUCAGCUCUUAGAUUGUUACAUCGAAGCCACACAAAGCGCCCGAAAGGAAUACACCUUGUUAUUGUUGUUACCACACACUGAGAAAUAUAAAGCAGCAGCAGCAGCAGCCGCCAAGCCAAGCCAAGCUUUCAGCCGUGCUCCAAGAGACACAAAGCCACAGAAACUCAAAAACAGAAAUAAAAACGAAAAAGAAAAAACAAAAAACAAAAUGAGAUUAAUAGUAAUAUUGAUACACAAGCAACUCAAACACCGCUAGGUAAAUGAAUGCAAUAAUUAACCACCAAAUGAGAAUCCGUUGAUUGAUUGUGUUUCCCUAUGGUUUUCGAGUCGCGGAGAGAUAUUUGUAAUUUACACUUUGUGCCUGAGCGUAACGUAACGAACAUACACAUAAUAUAUAUAUCAAGCCAGAUCGGAUCAGAUCAGCAGCAGCAUUUUAGUUACCUCUAUCCAUUUGCGUUUCGUUUUCUUUUUUUUUUUUUUUGGAGUGCAACACAUAUUUUAUGACGAGCUUGCUUAGUUGUUGUAAAACGUACAAUAUACAAAAUAUAUACAUAUGUGUAUACAAACAACACGAAAACGAAACUCAAAGAUUACGAGCAUUUCCGCUUAAUGUUAAACCCUAAAAAUAAAAACCAACUGUUAACUUAACCCCAAGAAUAACGAAAACUAUAAAUUGUAGCAUAUCAAAUAACAAUGAAAAUCUCUCAAAAUUACGUAUAUACUUAUACAACAACCUAGAUAAAUCGUAGACAAUUGCGAAUUGCGAGUAUCUUCAGCCCAAAUUCUGUUCACAAUGAACGAAGAAAAGACACGAGACACUGUCACAAAAACACCACACACGAUAUGAAUAUAGAAUACAUACAUAUACUAUAUAUAAAUAAUGACAACUUUUUGCAAUAACUUCGAAUUCAAUUCAAUAAAAGUUUUAGAAGCUUGA